AUGUCUUUGUUUUUGGUGAACAGGUAUCUUGGAGAUGAAGAUGAUGGGAGUAUUUCGAAGGAGUCCCGAUCCCUGUUGUUACUUGAUAAAUUGCAUCAGAAGGCAAAAAGAAAGCAGAAGCAAGGUUUAACAGAGGCGCAAGUGAAGUGUGAUGUUAAAAAGAAACGGAAGGCUGACAAUGACAGCAGCCUAGAAGGCCGAAGCAGUAGAAAGAAGAAAUCAAAGGCUGUAGUUGUGAAUGUUUCGACAAAUAUUCAUCAAGACCCUGUUGAGAAUGAAGAAAAGAGUGAUGAGAAGCAAAUAAAUGACCAUACUAAUAAUAUUUCAGUCUGUGUUGUUAAUAUACUUUCAGAAACUUGUGCCACUGGUAGAGAUGCAGCGGUUGAGAGGACGGCGGAAGAUAUCCCAAAUGCAACCUCAAGGUCUUUAUCUGGUUUCACAAUUCUGGGGGGAUUUGAGAGUAAACCGGUCAAAAAGGUUCACCGAGUCCUACCUCAGUGGCUGGCUCGGCCUGACGUGAUCCCAAGAGACAUGAAAAGUAAACUGGUGCCUUGCUCUGAGAUAAGAGAACUUAGUGCGUCGUUGCUAAAGAAAUUAAACAGUCAUGGAAUCCAUCACUUCUUUCCAGUGCAAGCGGAGGUCAUUCCAGCCAUCUUGGAGGGUGCACAGCAUGGACUACUGAUUGGACAAGCUGGCUACAGGCCCAGAGAUGUUUGCGUUUCUGCUCCAACUGGCAGUGGCAAGACUCUGGCUUUUGUUAUCCCUAUAAUACAGGCGCUGAUGGAGAGGGCUGUGUGUGAAAUCCGUGCCUUGGCUGUGUUACCGACCAAAGAGCUCGCUCAGCAGGUUUGCAAGGUUUUUACAUCAUAUGCUGAGGGAACUACCCUGAAAGUGGUUAUGCUUGCAGGCCAGAAGUCAUUUGCUGCAGAGGAGGCUUCACUUUCUGAGCAAAGAGCAGGGACGAGACGGAGUUUAGCUGACAUUGUUGUGGCUACCCCAGGUCGACUUGUUGAUCACAUCAACAAGAAUGCAGGCUUCUGUCUGGAUCACCUUAGGUUCCUUGUUAUUGAUGAAGCAGACAAAAUGAUUGACAGUUUGCGUCAGUCUUGGCUUAGUCAGGUUGAAAAGGCAAAGUAUGGAACGGCGGAGAACAAGUCCAUCAUCAGACAAAGAAUACCCUCGUGUGUCACAGCAGGCUGUCUGUCGCCUCCUCAAAUGCCACUUCAGAAACUGCUUUUCUCAGCUACACUUACUCAAAACCCAGAGAAAUUGCAGCAGUUGGGCCUCCACCAGCCAAGACUUUUUAGCUCUGUCAACCCUUCCAGUUGUGAUGGUCUUCAACCAUCGGUCGACGCCCAUAAAUCUGAGCAGUUUGACUUUCCCCAAAGUCUGUCGGAGUUUUAUGUGCCUACUACGCUUGGCAGAAAACCUCUCAUCAUUCUCCACUUCAUCCUGCGUAUGAAGCUCAGCCCAAUCCUUUGUUUUGUCAACUCCAGAGUGACGGCACACAGACUUUGCCUGUUGAUAAAGCUCUUUGGUGGCGUUCAAGUCGCAGAGUUCUCGUCACGACUGUCCCCUGGAGAAAGAAAGAAGAAGCUGAAAGAAUUUGAACAGGGAAAGCUAAACCUGUUGAUAAGCACCGAUGCAGCUGCCAGAGGCAUUGACAUAUCUGGGGUCAAAUGUGUUGUGAACUAUGAUGCUCCUCAAUACAUCAGGACAUACAUUCACAGAAUUGGAAGAACCGCAAGAGCUGGAAAAACUGGUCUGGCCUUUACCUUUCUGCUCGGAGUACAGGAGAAAAACUUCAUUCAGAUGGUUACCAAAGCUGGGAGCCUGGGGAUCCAAAAACAGGUCAUUAAACCUGCAAACCUAAAGAGUCUGGAAGACAGAUACGAACAAACCCUACAGGAGCUCGCUGCUGUCAUUAAGGAAGAAGACGCCAACUCAAAAUAA